AUGGACGCUGGAAAACGAGAGACGAUGAUCAUCAAAGGGAUUCUGAGACCUAUUUUAGCAGCUCUUCGUGAUAUGCAUAGGGUUGGGAUCGUGCAUCGCGACAUCAAGCCCGCAAACCUGAUCGUCACCUACGAAGGAACGCCUCCAGUCAAGCUGAUUGACCUGGGAGCAGCGCUUGUGGUUCCUCAAGAAGUCCCAAGAGCACCUCCAAGAUUCGUUGCGCUGCUUCUCUCGCCUGCUCUGUGGCAGCUCACGUCUCCCGAUCGCUUUGACACAUACAGUGCGGGCAUCAUGCUCAUGCAGAUGUCGAUCCCGGAGCUGAGGACGGGCAAAGCUUUGGAUACCUUCAAAAGUCAGCUGUACAACACAGGGGAAGAUCUCAUAAGGUGGAAGGAAGAGUUUGGCAGCCAGUACGACCUGAGCCUGUUGGAACGCAACGGUGGAGCUGGUUGGGACCUGGCGACUAAACUUGUGCGACCGAGGAAUUUUUUCCAGAGAGGAAGAUUUUCUGCAAGAGAGGCCAUGGGGCACAGAUACUUUUGGCCAGAGAUCAUCUAGACUUGAAGCUUUCUGCAGCUCUGAAGCUCAGUCGGACGGGGUCGCCAAGAGCCGACUAACACCUUCAUCGCCGAUUCUUUACUUUGUUAAGAAUGGCAGCAACCCAGACAUAAAGAAACUAUGUUGUC